CCGGAAGCAAUAGGAGUGCAGUGUGAACAUGGGGAAGCAAAAGAAAACAAGAAGAUAUGCGACCAUGAAGCGAAUGCUUAGUCUCAGAGAUGAGAGACUUAAAGAAAAGGAUAGAUUAAAGCCUAAAAAGAAAGAGAAGAAAGAUCCAAGUGCGCUGAAGGAAAGAGAAGUCCACCAACAUCCUUCCUGCUUAUUCUUCCAGUACAAUACACAGCUGGGUCCACCAUACCACAUCCUUGUUGAUACCAACUUCAUCAACUUUUCCAUCAAAGCCAAACUCGACUUACUGCAGUCCAUGAUGGACUGUCUGUACGCCAAGUGUAUCCCUUGUAUAACUGAUUGUGUGAUGGCUGAAAUUGAGAAAUUGGGCCAGAAGUACCUAGUGGCACUGAGAAUCGCCAAGGAUCCACGAUUUGACCAACUUCUGUGCACACACAAAGGAACCUAUGCUGAUGACUGCUUGGUACAGAGAGUUACUCAGCACAAAUGCUAUAUUGUGGCUACAGUUGAUCGGGACCUCAAACGAAGAAUCCGGAAGAUCCCUGGAGUUCCUAUCAUGUACAUUUCUAACCAUAGGUACAACAUUGAACGGAUGCCAGACGAUUAUGGAGCUCCUCAGUUCUAAUUCUUACCUGACCACAUUCACCUGCGUUUCUUUACCAGCUUU